AUGUUGUCUCAAAAACGUAAGAUCCUAGCCCUUCAUGAAAGGAUAGCUGUGCUGGACAAGACAAAAGAAGGCCGUUCGUGUCGCUCAAUCGCUGAAGAUCUUGGCGUAAGUAAGACACAAAUUCAAGAAAUUGUAAGGAACAAAAAGAGCAUUAGACAGCAAUGGGAAACCGGAGGUCGAGCAGAGAGGAAGUACAGCAAGGUUAGAAAGUUGUGCUACAAAGACUUGGACAGAGUUGCUUGGGAGUGGUUCACUUCGGCGCAGGCAAAGAACAUUCCAAUAAGUGGCCACAUGAUCCAAGAACAAGCCCUAAUGUAUGCUGAGCAGUUGGGACACAGUUCCUUUUCUGGCUCUAAUGGAUGGUUGGAUCGUUGGAUGAAGCGACACAAUGUUCGAUUGGCGUGCCUUUCAGGUGAAGCAGCAGAUGGGUAUGACUUGAAUAAUGUUUUUAAUGCUGACGAGACAGGCCUCUUCUACAGAGCUCUGCCUAAGAGAUCAAUGGUUGUGGAAGGUGAGGAAGCCAAGGGUGGCAGAGACGCUAAGGAAAGAAUAGCCGCUCUACUCGCAUGCUCUGCUACAGGGGAGAAGUUGACACCACUACUUAUUGGAAGAUCUGCAAAUCCUCGUUGCUCUAAAGGAGUCACAGCUUGUCUUCUGUCAGUUAUGCAGCCAACAAAAAAGCAUGGAUGA